AGUCCCGAGCUCGCCGCGCGCGCUCCCCCACAGCCCGCCGGCUCUCCCCGCAGCGUGAUCCAGGCGCCACCGCGGAGGGGAGGGGGGGUUCGCUACGUCGCUGGCGGCGGGAGGCCGUUUCGGAGUGCAAAACGCCCCCCUUCCCUGCCAACCUCCCCCUGCUGCCCGCCCUUGUUCUCGCCCUGCUCCGGCUACACGCCGCCGCCGCGGGCGCCGAGGAGGAGAGCGCGGACGCCCCUGCGCCCGGCUCGGCCCGGGCCCCGCCGCGGCGCCUCCCUCCCCUCACCCCGAGCCGCAGCGUGCGGCGGCGGCGGCGCCUCGAGCUCGAGCGACCCGCAGCCGCCAGCGCCGGCCGAGGGCGAUGGGGCUGGGCUGAGGCGCGGCGGCGGCGGCGGAGGCGACAGCGGUGGGCCCCGGCCCUGCGCGGCCCCUCGGCUGCUCCGGCCGGGAGGCCGCCGAGGAGACGGCGCGGCGGUGCCGGAUCUGACAGAAACAUCCUUGGAUCUUGGUGUCUGGACAUAGGAGAGCCGGCUUUUGAAAGCUCUGCUAAUAUCAACAGUUGGAAGGAAUGAUGAUACAGUGCUAUUGUUAUCUUCAAUUGUUCUGAAGCACAAGACCUUUCCAAACGCUGUAGAUAUGGACAAAGAAGAAAGAAAGACUAUCAACCAGGGACAAGAAGAUGAAAUGGAGAUUUAUGGCUAUAAUUUGUGUCGCUGGAAGCUUGCCAUAGUUUCUCUCGGAGUGGUGUGUACUGGCGGCUUUCUUCUCCUGCUCCUCUAUUGGAUGCCCGAGUGGCGGGUAAAGGCAACCUGUAUUAGAGCUGCAGUUAAGGACUGUGAAGUGGUGCUGCUGAGGACUACUGAUGAAUUCAGAAUGUGGUUUUGUGCAAAAAUUCGCUUUCUUUCUCUGGAAACUCCCCCAUUUUCAAGCCCAAAAUCUAUGGCUAAUAAGGUUUCGAAUGGCCAUGCAGUUCACUUAACUGAAAAUCUGGCUGAAGAGAAUAGGCUUGAGAUGAAUAAAUAUUCACAGCCUCAAUCACAACAGAUUCGUUGUUUCACCCACCAUAGUGUAAAAUACUUCUGGAAUGAUACCCUUCACAAUUUUGUUUUCUUAAAGGGACUGGAUGAAGGUGUUUCUUGUACGUCAAUUUAUGAAAAGCAUAGUGCAGGACUGACAAAGGGGAUGCAUGCCUACAGAAAAUUGCUUUAUGGAGUAAAUGAAAUUGCUGUGAAAGUGCCUUCAGUUUUUAAGCUUCUAAUUAAGGAGGUUCUCAACCCAUUUUACAUUUUCCAGCUGUUCAGUGUUAUACUGUGGAGCACAGAUGAAUACUAUUACUAUGCUAUAGCCAUUGUGAUUAUGUCUGUAGUAUCAAUUAUAAGCUCCCUAUAUGCCAUUAGAAAGCAAUAUAUUAUGUUGCAUGACAUGGUGGCAGCUCACAGUACUGUGAGAGUUUCAGUUUGCAGAGUAAAUGAAGAAAUCGAAGAGAUCUUUUCUACAGAUCUUGUGCCAGGAGAUGUCAUGGUCAUUCCAUUAAAUGGGACAGUCAUGCCUUGUGAUGCAGUACUUAUUAAUGGUACUUGUAUUGUAAAUGAAAGCAUGUUAACAGGAGAAAGUGUUCCAGUGACAAAGACUAAUUUGCCAAAUCCUUCAGUGGACAUAAAAGGAAUGGGAGAUGAAUUAUAUAGUCCAGAAACACAUAGACGACACACUUUGUUUUGUGGGACAACUGUUAUUCAAACUCGUUUCUACACUGGAGAACUUGUCAAAGCCAUAGUAGUUAGAACAGGAUUUAGUACUUCCAAAGGACAGCUUGUCCGCUCCAUAUUGUAUCCCAAACCAACUGAUUUUAAACUCUACAGAGAUGCCUACUUAUUUCUACUGUGUCUUGUGGCGGUGGCUGGCAUUGGGUUUAUCUACACUAUUAUCAAUAGCAUUUUAAAUGAGGUAGAAGUUGGGGAUAUAAUUAUUGAGUCUCUUGAUAUCAUUACAAUUACUGUGCCGCCUGCACUUCCUGCCGCAAUGACUGCUGGCGUUGUGUAUGCCCAAAGAAGACUGAAAAAAGUGGGUAUUUUCUGUAUCAGUCCCCAAAGGAUAAACAUCUGUGGACAACUGAAUCUUGUUUGCUUUGACAAGACUGGAACUCUUACUGAAGAUGGUUUAGAUCUUUGGGGGAUUCAACGAGUGGAAAAUACACGUUUUCUUUUGCCAGAAGAAAAGGUUUGCAAUGAGAUGUUGGUAAAGUCUCAGUUUGUCGCUUGUAUGGCUACUUGUCAUUCACUUACAAAAAUUGAAGGAGUGCUUUCUGGUGACCCACUUGAUUUGAAGAUGUUUGAAGCCAUCGGAUGGAUUCUGGAAGAAGCAACUGAAGAGGAAACAGCACUUCAUAAUCGAAUUAUGCCCACUGUGGUUCGUCCUCCAAAACAGCUGCUUCCUGAAUCUACACCUGCAGGAAACCAAGAAAUGGAGCUGUUUGAACUUCCAGCUAUUUAUGAGAUAGGAAUUGUUCGCCAGUUCCCAUUUUCUUCUGCUUUGCAACGUAUGAGUGUGGUUGCGAGGGUGCUAGGGGACAGGAAGAUGGACGCCUACGUGAAAGGGGCGCCGGAGGUCAUUGCCAGUCUUUGUAAACCCGAAACAGUUCCUGUUGAUUUUGAAAAAGUUUUAGAAAAUUACACCAAACAGGGCUUCCGUGUGAUUGCUCUUGCACACAGAAAAUUGGAGUCAAAACUGACAUGGCAUAAAGUGCAGAAUAUUAGCAGAGAUGCCAUUGAGAACAACAUGGAUUUUAUGGGAUUAAUUAUAAUGCAGAACAAAUUAAAGCGAGAAACCCCUGCAGUACUUGAAGAUUUGCAUAAAGCCAGCAUUCGCACUGUCAUGGUCACAGGUGACAACAUGUUGACUGCUGUCUCAGUGGCCAGAGACUGUGGAAUGAUACUACCUCAGGAUAAAGUUAUUAUUGCUGAAGCAUUACCUCCAAAGGAUGGGAAAGUUGCCAAGAUAAAUUGGCAUUAUGCAGACACCCUAACACAGAGUAGUGAUUCAUCAGCAAUUGACUCGGAGGCUAUUCCAAUUAAAUUGGUCCAUGAUAACUUAGAGGAUCUUCAGGUGACUCGUUAUCACUUUGCAAUGAAUGGAAAAUCAUUUUCGGUGAUACUGGAACAUUUCCAAGACCUUGUUCCUAAGUUGAUGCUACAUGGCACUGUGUUUGCUCGUAUGGCACCCGAUCAGAAGACACAGUUAGUAGAAGCAUUGCAAAAUGUAGAUUACUUUGUUGGGAUGUGCGGUGAUGGUGCAAAUGAUUGUGGUGCUCUGAAGAGGGCACAUGGAGGCAUUUCCUUAUCAGAGCUCGAGGCUUCGGUGGCAUCUCCCUUUACCUCCAAAACUCCUAGUAUUUCCUGUGUGCCAAACCUUAUCAGGGAAGGCCGUGCUGCUUUAAUGACUUCCUUCUGUGUGUUUAAAUUUAUGGCUUUGUACAGCAUUAUACAGUACUUCAGUGUUACUCUGCUGUAUUCUAUCUUAAGUAACCUAGGAGACUUCCAGUUUCUCUUCAUUGAUCUGGCAAUCAUUUUGGUAGUGGUAUUUACAAUGAGUUUAAAUCCUGCCUGGAAGGAACUUGUGGCACAAAGACCACCUUCAGGUCUUAUAUCUGGGGCCCUUCUCUUCUCCGUCUUGUCUCAGAUUAUCAUCUGCAUUGGAUUUCAAUCUUUGGGGUUUUUUUGGGUCAAGCAGCAGACGUGGUAUAAGGAGUCGCGUCCACAUUCAGAUACACAGGAAGCUUUUAAUACAACAGGAAGCCUAUAUGGGAAUUCUUCACAUUUGUACAAUGAAACCAAUCCUGAUAGACAUAAUAUAGAAAAUUAUGAAAAUACCACAGUGUUUUUUAUCUCCAGUUUUCAGUACCUCAUAGUGGCAAUUGCCUUUUCAAAAGGAAAACCCUUCAGGCAACCUUGCUACAAGAAUUAUUUUUUUGUUGUGUCUCUGAUUAUUUUGUAUGUUUUCAUAUUAUUCAUCAUGUUGCAUCCAGUUGCCUCUAUUGACCAGAUUCUUCAGAUAGUGUGUGUACCAUAUCAGUGGCGUGUAACUAUGCUCAUCAUUGUUCUCAUCAAUGCCUUUGUUUCAGUCGUGGUAGAGAACUUCUUCCUUGACAUGGUCCUUUGGAAAGUUGUGUUCAAUCGAGACAAACAAGGAGAAUAUCGCUUCACCACCACACAGCCACCACAGGAAUCAGUGGAUUGGUGGGGAAAAUGCUGCUUGUCCUGGGCCCUGAACUGUAGGAAGAAGAUGCCAAAGGCCAAGUACAUGUAUCUGGCCCAGGAGCUCUUGGUUGACCCGGAAUGGCCACCAAAACCUCAAACAACAACAGAAGCGAAAGCUUUAGUAAAGGAGAAUGGAUCAUGUCAGAUCAUCACCAUAACAUAGCAGUGAAUCGGUCUCAGUGGUAUUCUAGUAGCAGUAUUGAGGAGAAUGUAAAUAUAGGACUUAAUCUGAUCCUGUGCGUCAGAAUGGCACCCUUUCAAUUUAUGUCGCUUCCAAUACAGUAGCUGAUUUGAGUUUUUUUUUUUAAACAAAACAAACAAAAAGAGAUUGGCCUGUCAGUUAAAUUAAUAAUCAGUCUUCAAAGUCCUAUACCUUCAUUCAGUGACUCUAAAUAUUAUAUAUGUUUCCAGAACUUGCUUGAUUGUUAUCCUCAGUGAUACUCUUUAUAGGGUACAGAAGAAAGUUGGUAUCUGGAAGGUAUUUAGAUACUAAGCUUCUAAGACUUUAGUUUAUGCCUUUAAAUUUAUUUUCACAGCCCCCUUAUUAGAUAAAGUCAUCAUUUAUAUACAGGCCCUAAAUUUGUGGUUGAUAAAUAAAAUGGGUGUUAAUUAGCCUCCAAUGAAAAUAGGUACAAAGCCUGUUUUUAUUUGAUUUCAAUAUUUCUCCCAAAGAAAACUUAGUAUACAUAACACCAGUUCCCUUUGAUAGCCUAGAGUUAGGAGUGAGUUUUAUGGUGUUGCAACUCAGGUAAUUUCCAUUUAUGGUUUUAUAUUUUCUGUACAAACUGCCUGGGUUUUAUUUUUUCUAAUCAGCAAGGUGCUUCACUGCCUUCUUGAGAUGUCCCUCAAAGCUAUUAUAUGGAUCUUGUGCUAUGUCUGGUGUCAGUAGUAUAAUUUGCUUUAGUUACAUGUUGUUGAAGCCUUUUCAGUAGGAAAAAAGCUGAUUUCUUUUGGUAGUAGAUGUAGAUCUACCUUUUUAAUAUCUCUUCAUACCUGUUUUUUUCCUCUCAGGCUUUAUAUUAUUUUAAAUGUCUUUUUAUUUUCUUCUACGUCUUUAAUUACCUAAAGACAUAGGAUAAUAGUUUUUUGUUUUUUAGUUUUUUGAGUUAGAAUUUUACCUCCUAAAAUUUUAAAGGUUUGAUGUAUGUCUCUCCUGUCAAUAAUGAGGCUUAAAAAAAUGAGUGGUUUUGAAUGACUGCUAUUUUUUCAAAGCAGUAUGAACCUGGCGAGUUUGUCUUAUGCCAUUAGGUGGCGCCAGAGGUCAGAGUUUACCUGUUCUGGAUUGGGUGUUUACGAAUGAGCAUAUUUGGUUGUGGAAAAUUCUGGGAGAAAAAAAAAAAAUGAAAUAAAGUUAAAAAGAAAAGUCAUUCAUUGAGCCAAAAGAAAUGUAGAAGAUAUUUUUCACCUUUCUGUUUUGCCUGGUUAAUGUUUAAAUUCUAAACAAAAUUAAGGUAAUUUAAAAAUGCCUUUAUAGGUAAGAUCCAGCAGUUUGGCAAAGCCCAAAGUUCUGAUAAACAAGAAAACUGAUACUGCUGUAAAGUGGACACUAAACUACUAAGACUGUGUGAUCUUAUCCUGUGCUCUUCCUUGACCGGUAGCAUGCUUGUGCUUUCUACUUCUAGCUGAUCAUUAUUUUCCUGAUACAUAUUUACCAGUUUGAUCAGAUGUUACCCAGAACCAUAAAACCAAAUGGUUCUCAUUUUUUAUGCUGCAGAGACCUGAUGAUUUUUGGUUAACUGUAGAAAAAUGUAUGUUACACUCAGGAUCACUGUUAACUGCUGUGGCCACUGAUGAUUCUUAUAAAAAUAUAAUCAAAGUUUUCCAUCAAAAAAGUAUGAUACUAUAUUAAUACACAUUAGAUGAUAAGAACCGUUGUUCCAUGAAUGAUUCUAUGAAGCUAUGCAUCUUAGACCUCUUGAGCUGUGAAUUAGCACUGUUUUUAUAGUUACUUACUCUCUUUAUCAUUUUAUAAUUUCCACAUUCAGUUCACUUCCAAUACAUACGAGUGAUAGUCUUCAGUGAUCUCCCACAAUUGUAAAUUUUAUUCUUUGAUUUAAAUACUGAAGCAUAUAAUUAAAGUAAUUGCUAAGUAGCAGCUUAAAAAUCCAACUAUCAGAUUGUAUUUAACAUCUUUAAGAGCAUGAUCAUAAAGAGCUAUAUUUUUACAACCUCCCCCCUUUUUUAACAUUUAGAUUUUAUAAGGGUUUUAUAUCACAUCUGUCCAUAUUGUUUUCAAAGGAAUGAGGUUUUUAGGUAGGUGGACAAAACAUUUGUAGGAGGCUAGAUUUGAACAUAGACAAGGUGGGUUGUUCAGGUUGUAAUGGAUGGCUUCCAGAAUGUGAUUUGAAGAAUGCCUGUGAGUCCAGGUGUGGGUCCUACUUAGUGCCAUAGAUAGACGAGUCCUCUCUCUGUAGGUCACCAUUACAUAGUAAUUUUGAUUCUGAAUUUCACAUUAAAUUAUUUGAGUGUAUACAGAUCUAAAUUUUAAAAUCUGUACAUAUAUUAUUUUGACGUAUUAAGAUGAAUAAAUAUUGCUGAUUUAAAUUUUAUUUAUGCACAUACCUAAAGGACAGAAAUGUCCAGGAAAGUAAUUGUUAAAUAAUAUGUAACUUUUUAACUUUUUAAAUAAAUAACAAGAUUUUUAAUGUGUGUCUCCCUCAGGGUUGUUUAAAGUUUUUUUUCCUCCCUCAAAUAUAAAUAGUGGUAACUAUAUGUUUUGUAUCUUCUAGCACCAACUGCUGUAAAGCAAUGCUGCAAAUAAUGCUUGAAUAAAAGUGGCUAAGCCAACAACAAAAUAAAAACUUUUUAUAUUAGUUUUAUAAUCCCUACAUUCGAAAGCUUUCCAAAUUGUACUUGCAUUUAAAUAAAACUGUUGCAGUUUUUACUGUUUUGUUUCCCAUGUUUAUGAAACUACUGCACAGUUUCAGAGGCAUGGAAAAUUAUGUCAGUGUUUAUGUACUCUGUUCCCCCAAACGGCUAUGGAUCCAAUGUCCAGAGAAGAGCAAAAUUCCAACUUUAGAAAACAUUCUAAGAUUUCAUGCAUGCAGUUUUGACAUAUCUGAAAAUAGGCUUUUUGUAUAUUUAUGGUGGGAGGUGGUUGGGAACUUUUAACAAAAUGUUAAUUUUUGUACAGUCUGUGGGCAUUUACACAUAUUUUUAAUGUAUUAAGAUUUGGUAAUUAUGUGCACAUUAAAUUAAUAAAAUAAUUACUUCCUGUUAUGAUUUGUGAAUUCCCUAAGACUUUGGAUUUUUUUAAGUAACUUUAUAUCAGAAAUGAUACUGCAUCUUUAUAUUUUUUAAAUUGUAUUGCUGCUCAAGAAUGGUACCCUGAUGUCAAAAAGGCAUACAUUCAGAAUUGUACAUUCAGCACUGUAAAUAGCCUUAUGAAAAAUUUUUGAUUGAAGCUGUUCAAAAUAAAGAUUUGAAUGAUA